AUGCUACGAAAAAGUCGGUCAAUAAUGUCGCUCAUAUUUGGUCGUAAAAAGCCCAAGGAUAGAGACGAUCAUGGUCAUAGUCUCGAAAACGAGGCGUCAAUUUCACAUGCUCUGAUAGUCAUUUUUCUCGAAUAUUUUGCAUGGGGACUGUUGACUGUCCCUGUAAUCAAUGUUUUGGCAGAAACUUUUCCAACUAAUAAGUUCUUAAUGAAUGGAUUGGUGCUUGGAAUUAAGGGAAUUCUGUCGUUUUUGAGUGCUCCUUUAGUUGGAGCUUUGUCCGAUGUAUACGGCAGAAAACUCUUCCUGAUUCUGACGGUAUUUUGUACGUGUAUGCCUAUACCAUGUUUGAAAAUAAGUCCUUGGUGGUACUUUGCGUUGUUCAGUAUAAGUGGCUUGUUCUCGGUUACAUUCAGCGUUAUUCUUGCCUAUGUUGCUGAUAUAACUGAGAAACAGGACCGCUCCGCUGCAUACGGGCUAGUUUCUGCUACAUUUGCUGCUUCAUUAGUGACUUCACCGGCUCUGGGAGCUUGGAUAUCGGAUAGUUACGGUGAUGGCGCUGUUGUUUUAUUGGCUACUAUUAUCGCAAUAAUAGAUGUGCUCUUCAUCCUGUUUCGUGUCCCAGAAUCGCUGCCUCCGAAGCGUUCUGCGAACGACGUGAUUAGCUGGGAAAGCGCUGAUCCGUUUGGCACAUUACGUCUCGUUUGGGAGGACAGUCUGGUGCUUCAAUUGGCUCUUAUCGUUUUUCUCUCAUAUUUACCAGAAUCGGGUCAAUUUUCAUGUUUCUUCGUCUAUUUGAAAUUGGUUGUUGGGUUCUCGCCAGAAGCCGUGGCAGCAUUCAUUGGUCUGGUUGGAAUUCUAUCAGUGGUAGCACAGACAGGAGUAUUACAAGUGCUGACUACGUAUUUUGGAAUGAAGCAUGUAAUCACAUUAGGUCUCAUUUUUCAACUAGUGCAACUCACUUGGUACGGGCUUGGAACACAAUACUGGAUGAUGUGGGCGGCGGGUAUACUGGCAGCCAUGAGUAGUAUAACGUACCCUUCAAUAAGCGCGUUUGUUAGCAUAUUAUCGGAUAAGGAUAAACAAGGCACUGUGCAAGGUGUGGUGACAGGCAUCAGAGGACUCUGUCAAGGGUUCGGUCCAGCGUUGUUCGGCUUCAUCUUCUAUUUGUUUGAUGUCGACUUGAAUGUUGAUGGAGAAGCAACAGGUGGUCACGCCGUACAAUUUCCUCUUGUACGGAUACGUCCGGCGCAACCGCAGGAGAAAAUUUUGACACCAACGAGAAACGAUACUCUUUGGGUGGGUGCUUAUCUCAGUCUUUAUCACCACUUUUUCCCACUUUUUUUCCUCUAG